GCGGGAAGAUAUGCAACCGGUCAAACCGCUCCAGCGACAGCUUCGUCUGGUGGUGGUGUGCCUAAUGCUGGUUCAUCUCAUGGUGAGUCUAAUGCUGGUUCGCCUCGUGGUGAGUCUAAUGCUGGUGCGCCUCUUCAUUCAGAAGGUUCAAGGCCUCAGUCACCAGCAACACUUCUCAAUAGUCUUACUUUGGAGGAGUUGCUGGAAAGCCCUGGGCGAGAAGCGACAGCUUCGUCUGGUGGUGGUGUGCCUAAUGCUGGUUCACCUCAUGGUGAGUCUAAUGCUGGUUCGCCUCGUGGUGAGUCUAAUGCUGGUGCGCCUCUUCAUUCAGAAGGGUCAAGGCCUAAGUCACCAGCAACACUUCUCAAUAGUCUUACUUUGGAGGAGUUGCUGGAAAGCCCUGGGCGAGCAG